GUCAAAUCAUGUGAGUGAGACACGGAACAUUCAAAAGAGCUCCAUGAUGCUUUUCCACACAGAUGGAAAGUGCCUUAAACCUCAUCUCAGAACACUCCGUGUUUUCACUCUUCUCCUAACAUACUUCUGUAGAGGUCAAUCUCAGCUGAUUGGCUCAUCAAUAGUAGCAACACUUGUUGAUGACAUCAUCUUACCAUGUCAACUGGAGCCUGUGGAAGAUGCUACUGACUUGACAUUGGAGUGGACGAGGUCUGACCUGAACCCCAGAUUUGUCCAUGUGUGGCGUUCUGGGAAAGAACUUGUGAGUAAAAAACACAAAUCCUUCGAAGGAAGAACAUCGCUGUUCAUCGAUGAGCUGAUGUUUGGAAACAUUUCACUGAAACUGUCCAAACUGAAACUCGCUGAUCGGGGAACAUACAGAUGUUUUAUUCCAGCACUGGACAGUCUUUUGUUCAACUAGAUGUUGGUGCUGUUUCCUCACCGACCAUCAGUUUAGCAGGGACUGACCGAGACAAAGGAGGAGUAGUUCUACAGUGUGAGUCUAAAGGCUGGUAUCCAGAGCCUGAGGUGUUGUGGCUGGACGGUGAGGGAAACCUCCUCCCUGCUGGACCUUCAGAGACAGUCAGAGGUCCUGAUGAUCUCUAUACUGUCAGCAGCAGAGUGACUGUGGAGAAGAGACUCAGCAACAGCUUCACCUGUAGAGUCCAGCAGAAGAACACCAACCAGACCAGAGAGACAGAAAUCCAUGUUCCAGAUGAUUUCUUUGAGGUCCAGUCCAGUUCUUCUCCCAUCAUCACUGGCUUGGCUGUUAGUUUGUCUGGUUGCAUUCUGUUACUUCUCUUUUCUGUGUGGAAAUGGAGACAAAACAAAAUCAAAAUGAAGAUAAGCCACUAGGAUAAAACUGAUAAAGAAGAAAACACUGCAGAAGAAACCUUGUCUUUGAAAGAAGAACAGGUAAAGAAGAUUAAACUUGUAAGUAAAGAAACAGGAAGGACUUUCAGGGAGAGAAAUAAACUAAAGGAGGUAAAGUAAAGUUUGAUCUGAGCUAGAAGGAUAGAAAAUGAUUACAUCCAGACUCAGGAUCUGUGUUUCCAAAGGAAGUAAGAAGAGUACAAAAGCAGCUAAAACAACUAACGGUAACACUUUACUUGAAGGUAUCUACAUAAGAGCGACAUGACACUGUCAUGAACACAUGAACCCUAACCCUAACCAUUACUUC